AUGUUGGAAGGAACCCUAUGGAUUUCUUGUAAUUGAUAAAGAUUGUCAAUUAAAUAAUUGUAGAUAUAGAAAUAAAUUUGAUUCCUAUAUUUAUAUAUAAAACGAGUUUUGUGGUUUUUCCUCAUUUAAAAAUUAUCUAACAUGGAUAAACGUUUAGCUAAAGAGUUGAUAAAGUCAAGACAAGCAGUAAAAUAAAAGUAUCAUAUGCUAAAAUCAGCAGCAUCUACAACACAAGCAGAGUUAGAACAGACUUACAAACCAAUAACACAACCUCUACAAGAACUAGUCUCAGCUAUUGGAAAAUCGGAACAUUUACACAUAAAAGAAGAACCUGUUGACUUACAAGAAGAAUAUUUUAAAACUUCAACACCUACAAAAGUUAAAAUAACUCCGAAAACUGGCAAAAUUCCUAUAUUACCACCUGAAACUCCAUCAUUUUUUAACAGAUCAACAGAAUCUAUAAGUCAGAUUCCCAAUAUACAAGAAACAAGUGUUAUUGCAGAAACAUUUCCUUCACAAUUUAACCAUUCAGAAAGUAGAAAUUUAUCAGAUAUAUUAGAAGGGACAAGACAAACUAUUCAAACAUGUUGGGAGUUCGGGAUAUGAUGAUUGGUUGAAUGCUUUCCAUGAAUUACCAAGAACAUAUAUAGAUGAAGGUGUGAGAGAUACAAAGUCUAAGUUUGAUCAUAAUUAUGGAAUAGUGCAUGAUCUCGAAAGAGAUAAUUUUUUUUUGGGUUUAACACAAAAACCUGUGGAAAUAAUUAUAGAACAAAUUAAAGAUUCCAUUAACGAUACAUCACAAAUUGAAUCAAUCAAAAGAAAUCUUCAAAAUGACAUUAAAACAAAAUUUGAAGAUUUCGCAAACAAUGUUUACGAAAGAGUUAAUGAAGAAGUAGAUUAUUUUAAGAAUGUUCAUGAUAAAAUUGACAGAACUGAAAAAAUUACAGCGACAGCAUUAAAUAUGCACAUAGUUAACCAUAAAAAAGACAUAGAAGAACUACAAGAUCUAAGACAGCAAUUUAAUAAUACAUUAGCUGAAAUUACAAAAUUAAAAUCAGAAAAAAAUUUGGAAAGUGAAGAUAGAAAUAAAAGUAAAGAUGAAAUUUCUACAAUAAAAUCCAGUUUAGAGAAGUUCGAUUUAAAAUUGGAUGAACUUUAUGUAAAUCUAGAAUCAUUGGAAGAGUAUGUAAAAGAAGAAAAUAAAAAAAUUAAUGCUGAUAUUGAUGAAAUUGAUAAGACCAUGAACACUCAAAUUAGAGAAGUGAUAAUUAAAAAUCAAAAAGACAGAAUUAAACAUCUAAGAAAUGAUAUUGAUAAUAUUCAUCAAACUAAAACUAAACUUAUAAACGAUACUCUUAAUGGUAAAAAAUUAGUUGAUGUACCUUUAGACAGUAGACAAUAUAUAGAAAAUCUUUCACAAAUUAUAUAUACUAUCUCUAAAAUAUUGGAUGAAGAACUAACAAAAAUAGAAACGGAAGUAGAAAAUUCUGCAAAUAAAAGAAAAGAUUUUCUAUUAACAACAGUUAAAGAAUAUCGAGAUAACCUAGUCAAAGAAAUAAUUAAAAUUAAUGAAAUUUUGAUUGAAACUCAUAAGGAUGAACAAAUACAAAAAUUAAAAGAAUGGAGAGAGAUGUAUAAAAGCUUUGUGGACAACUACUCUCAAAACAAAAUAUCUUUUGGUAAAAUUUCAAAAGUAUGACAACCAUUAAGGAACAAGUAGUUAAUGAGUUACAUAAACCUGCUAGAAAAAAAAUUAUGCGAAGAAGGGUAAUUGUUAAAGGACUAAAUGAUCUUUUACAGGCAGAUCUAGUAGAAAUGCAACCAUAUUCCAAAUUUAACAGGGGUUAUAGAUAUAUUUUAGUUGUUAUAAAUGUGUUUUCAAAAUAUGUUUGGGCAGAACCUGUAAAAACAAAAUCUGGUAAGGAUGUUGCCACAGCAAUGAAAACCAUAUUACUUACUUUAAAAACCAACCCACAAAAUUUGCAAACGGAUAGGGGUACAGAAUUUUUCAA